CUACUUCCGGAAGUGACGCGCAGCGGGGUUGCCGGAAGAAGUGGCGAAGUUACUUUUGCUUUUCGCUCAGCAAGCGCUGUUGCUCCGAGCUACUCCCAGGCUUCUGAAGUUACUUCUGAAGUGCUGUGGAGGCGCAAUCACCAGUGCGGACACAGAGCUCCUGCCUCCCACGGCCGUUUCCAGGGCAACGGAGUCGGAGACCCCCUGCGCCCCCCUCUCGAUCGCCGGUGCAGUCAUGAGCCCCGCCUCCCCCUGGUGCACGGAGAGGGGCGGGGCCUGGAACAAGGCUGCUUCGUGACCCACUAUGUCUUCCCCCACAAGUUCUCUGGACACUCCCGUGCCUGGGAAUGGUUCUCCUCAGCCCAGUACCUCUGCCACGUCACCCACUAUUAAGGAAGAGGGGCAGGAGACUGAUCCUCCUCCAGGCUCUGAAGGGUCCAGCUCUGCCUACAUCGUGGUCAUCUUAGAGCCAGAGGAUGAGCCUGAGCGCAAGCGGAAGAAGGGGCCAGCCCCGAAGAUGCUGGGCCACGAGCUGUGCCGCGUGUGUGGAGACAAGGCCUCGGGCUUUCACUACAACGUGCUCAGCUGUGAAGGCUGCAAAGGUUUCUUCCGGCGCAGCGUGGUCCACGGUGGGGCCGGGCGCUAUGCCUGUCGGGGCAGUGGAACCUGCCAGAUGGAUGCCUUCAUGCGGCGCAAGUGCCAGCUCUGCCGGCUGCGCAAGUGCAAGGAGGCUGGCAUGCGGGAGCAGUGCGUGCUCUCUGAGGAGCAGAUUCGGAAGAAAAAGAUUCAGAAGCAGCAACAGCAGCAGCCACCGCCCCCAACUGAGCCAGCAGCCAGUAGCUCAGGCCGGCCAGCGGCCUCCCCUGGCACUUCGGAAGCGAGUAGCCAGGGCUCCGGGGAAGGAGAGGGCAUCCAGCUGACCGCGGCUCAGGAGCUAAUGAUCCAGCAGUUGGUUGCCGCGCAGCUGCAGUGCAACAAACGAUCUUUCUCUGACCAGCCCAAAGUCACGCCCUGGCCCCUGGGUGCAGACCCUCAGUCCCGAGAUGCCCGUCAGCAGCGCUUUGCCCACUUCACCGAGCUAGCCAUCAUCUCGGUCCAGGAGAUUGUGGACUUUGCCAAGCAGGUGCCAGGGUUCUUGCAGCUGGGCCGGGAGGACCAGAUCGCCCUCCUGAAGGCGUCCACCAUUGAGAUCAUGUUGCUAGAGACAGCCAGACGCUACAACCACGAGACAGAAUGCAUCACGUUCCUGAAGGACUUCACCUACAGCAAGGACGACUUCCACCGUGCAGGCUUGCAGGUGGAAUUCAUCAACCCCAUCUUUGAGUUCUCGCGGGCCAUGCGGCGGCUGGGCCUGGACGAUGCAGAGUAUGCCUUGCUCAUCGCCAUCAACAUCUUCUCAGCCGAUCGGCCUAAUGUGCAGGAGCCCAGCCGUGUGGAGGCCCUGCAGCAGCCCUACGUGGAGGCACUCCUCUCCUACACGAGGAUCAAGCGCCCACAGGACCAGCUCCGCUUCCCACGCAUGCUCAUGAAGCUGGUGAGCCUGCGCACCCUCAGCUCCGUGCACUCGGAGCAGGUCUUUGCAUUGCGGCUCCAGGACAAGAAGCUGCCGCCCUUGCUGUCCGAGAUCUGGGAUGUGCACGAGUAGGGGCAGCCACAAGUGCCCCAGCCUUGGUGGUGUCUUCUUGAAGAUGGAUGCUUCACCUCUCCUCCUGGGGUGGGAGGACAUUGUCACAGCCCAGUCCCUCGGGCUCGGCCUCAAGCUCAGCGGCAGUUGGCACUAGAAGGCCCCACCCCACCCAUUGAGUCUUCCAGGAGUGGUAAGGGUCACAGGUCCUAGCCUCUGACCUUUCCCAGCUGCCCUCCCACCCACGCUUACACCUCAGCCUACCACACCAUGCACCUUGAGUGGAGAGAGGUUAGGGCAGGUGGCCCCCCCACAGUUGGGAGACCACAGGCCCCCUCUUCUGCCCCUUUUAUUUAAUAAAAAAACAAAAAUAAAGUUUGAGUACAAGCCA